GUAGUGUGAGCUAGGUUAAACUGGUCUGAUUUUCUAAUCAAUGAAACGUCUGAUCUGAAUACCUUUCCUGGUCUCAAAACUAAAAUCUGUUACGAACACAGUGCACUAGGUUUUAUAGACUUGACGCUUUGACAACAUGCACUCGUUUUAAAUAACUCGAUGUAAGGUCGAAUCGAGUUUGUGCACACGCGCACUUCAGAGGGGCGUUCCCUAACGGAAAUACGGAAAUAAUGCUACAACGUGCCUAUAGGAUAUCGCUAGCUCGUGCUUGGUUUUGCCCUUCUUCCUUGCUUGAUCUGCCCACUAUGCUUCAUUUGCUCACACUCUAAAAGACACUGAACCUUCUUGGGAGGAAGAGAUACCUGAUUCUGGGCACUGGUGUGAUCUGGAGGAGGCUAAAUCCAAGUCUUUCCAUUAUAGUGAACCAAACUGGGAAACAAGGGGGGCAGCUCAUCCAUAGAAGACUGAACUCUGGGACUGGUACCAAUAAGGGAAGGGGGGUUGAUUUUCCAGUGUUGGAUUGAUGUUGUUGCAGUUAUGUCAGAGGCCAUCCUCACCUUCCAGUACCAGCUCAAUGGAGUCAUGGAAACGGUCCUCAAAACUGCUGUGCAUGAGAUCACUCGGCUGGUGAAGGACAGCUUCCUGAAGGAAGUGACUGGGAGCAAGCGGGAGGUGGAAAUCUUGAAGGAGAGGCUGCAGCAGUGUGAGCAGAGAUGGAGGGACGGAGAGGAGGAGAGGAAGAGGAGGGAAGUUGAAGAGAGAGAGCAGAAAAAGAAGAGGGAAGAGAGAGAGCAGAGGGGGGUGUGUAGAAGAUGUGGUUGUGCUGGAGACACUGAGGAGAGGGAAGAGGCUCUGUUAGGAGCAGAGGAAGGUUGUGUUAUCAAACAGGAGAUGUUCCAGUCAGGUGGACCCAGCACUCUCCCAGAGAGAAAGGGUCCACAGGAAAUGGCCACACCCAGCUCUUCCUGUGUCUCUGAAAGGAUGGACGAGAGGGAGGCCCAUGUGGUCCAUAUCAAAGAAGAGCCCAAUGACUGGGAGGAUCUGGUUACCCAGAUGGUCACAUCCACAGAUGCCUCCAUAGUGAGCCUGAGUCGUCUGCAGAGAUUGAGCUCACAUGCUGGGGCUUGGACCAGUGAGCCUCAGCCUCCACCUCCACUCCCAGCACCAUGGGCCAGUGAGCCUCUUCCUCCAGCACCAUGGGCCAGUGAGCCUUUUCCUCCAGCACCAUGGGACAGUGAGCCUCCACCUCUACCUCCAGCACCAUUGGCCAGGGAGCCUCCACUACCUCCAACACCAUGGAUCAGGAAGGAGCAGCUCCUACUUUCAAGGUCAGUGAUACCCACACAGGGGACAGAGCAUGCUGUGGGGGCCCUCGAAAGCAUCAACACAACGGCACAGCUGAGGGUCAAACCCUUCAGCUGCCCACACUGUGGGAAGAGCUUCCCUCAGCUCCGAAACCUGAAAGACCACCAGAAGUACCACCACACAGGGAAGAAGGCCUUCACCUGCUCCCAGUGUGGUAUGGGUUUUGUGUACAUGUGCCACUUCAGGGUACACAUGCAGCGCCACACGAGGGAGAGGGCAUUCAGCUGCUCUCAGUGUGGGAAGAGCUUCAGCCUUCAGAGCGGCUUGGAGAAACACCGGGUCCUUCACACUGCAGAGAGGCCUUACAACUGCACGGACUGUGGGAACAGAUUCUAUUCUAGAGUGGACCUGAAAAUACAUGAACAAAUUCAUGCAGCAAGGUAGACCUUUGGUAGGUAGACAUGAAGCAGGUUGAUUUAGAAAAUCAGAGGGGGGGAUAACUGCCCACGUGUACUAUGUUCAAUGUAUCUAUUAGUUGCUGAUUCAUUUAAUGUUGAGAGGAAUAAAACUUUGUAAAUA